UUAAAAGGUCAUUCUUGUCAUGUAAGGGUUAGAUAAAGUAAAAAUGGGGGUGCGCGUAGCAACUGGAAGUGAAGGGAAAAUGGCGUAGCAACCCCCACCAAAAAUUUAGAAUUGACUGUUCCAAAGUCAAAAACCUAGUUAAAACUCAAAGCUUUGGUGAGUAACUGGAAGUGAAGGGAAAAUGGCGAAGUUCGUAACCAGCCGGAUCUUGGCAGGGCCAUCGAUGAUGUUAAGAAGACUGUGUACGGCGGUGGAGGUAAAGGCUGAGACGGAGGCGACACCUGUGGUGGAUAAUGAAAGCCGGCAUCUUUACAAGAGAUUAUCGGCGUUGGGUUCAGCCAAAGGGAAGGUGUCGGAGGUUCUUAACGAGUACAUUAGGGAAGGAAAAAGCCGUGUUGUCCGGAAACAACAACUCCAAAGGUGUAUCACAGAGCUCCGCCGAUAUAGAAAACAUCAAUGUGCCCUUGAGGAACAAAUCUUGAGGGCCUUCUCAUUCUCCCUCAAGGAUACCUGGAAUGCCGGAAUGAGUACGAUGAUAUCACAGAGCUCCGCCGAUAUAGAAAACAUCAAUGUGCCCUUGAGGUCAUGGAAUGGAUGGUGAGCAGGGGUAUUAACCUUGGGCAUUCAGAUCGUGCAAUACUUUUGGAUCUCAGAGCAAAGGUUCAAGGAAUUGCAGCCGCCGAGAAAUAUUUCAAUGACCUUUCACCUAAAGAGAAGGAUUGCUAUACGUAUGGAUCUCUUCUAAAUUGCUACUGUGUUAAGAAGAUGGAGGACAAAGCAUUAGCUUUGUUUAAGGAAAUGGAUGAGAUGAACUAUGCUUCAAAGUCAUUGCCUUUUAACAAUCUUAUGUGCUUGUAUAUGAGACUCGAGAAACCAGAAAAAGUGCCUCCUCUGGCAGAGGAAAUGAAGAGAAGAAAUAUAAAACUAAGCACAUUUACUUACAAUAUUUUGAUGACUAGCUAUAUCUCUUCCAAUGACAUAAUGGGAGUAGAAAGUGCUUUUGAAGAGAUAAAGAGGGAAAACGAAAAAGCGUGUGACUGGACAACUUACAGUCAUUUAGCGUGUGCCUACUCCAAACUUGGAUUUAAUGAGAAGGCUGAGCUAGCACUGAAAAUGCUGGAGGAAGAGAUGAGGGGGGCACCUAACCGUGAAGGGUACCACUUUUUGAUAAGCUUGUAUGGAGGAAUGUCUAAUCUAGUUGAGGUGCACCGUGUUUGGAAUUCUCUGAAGUCCAAGUUUCAGGUAACAACCAAUUAUAGUCAUCUUAUCAUGCUUCAAGCUCUAAGUAAGCUGAAUGACAUGGAUGGAUUAAAGAAAGUGUUUACAGAGUGGCAAUUAAGCUGCUCUAUUUUUGAUAUGAGACUAGCAAAUGCUGUCAUUAGUGCUUAUCUAAGGCAUGACAUGGUAGCAGAAGCUGAAAAGGUUCUUCUUAUUGGGAUGGAGAGAUCAAAGGGACCAUUCUUCUUUGCAUGGGAAAUGUUUUCAUCUUUCUUUCUGACGAAGGAGAAAAAUAUUAGUCGUGCUUUGCAGUGCAUUGAUGAUGCAAUAUCCUUAGUCAAGGAGAGCGAAUGGUCCCCAAAAUCUGACACCAUAGAUGCAUUUCUCAAUUACUUUGAAGAAGAGGGUGAUGUUGAUGGUGCUGAAAGGUUCUGCAGUAGUUUGAAGAAGCUAAGUUGUCUCAAAGGUGAUGUGUACAAAUCAUUGAUGCAGACUUACAUUGCUGCUGGUAGAAUAUCACAUGAUAUGCGCCAGAGAAUGGAGCAAGAUGGGAUUGAGAUUAGUGAUGAGCUUAAAAUGUUACUGAAAAAGGUGAGUCCUGAAUGACGUUAGGAGUAGCAUAUUUUCACCCGUUUAUGGCUUUGUAUGUGCUGUUACUAGCAUUUGUUCGUUUCACACUUGAAAACCAAGAUUGUUUGUAAACCCUUAAUGUACUUUCCCCCCUCGAGUUACUUACUCAUGGGGUUUAGCCAUCCAUCGUAUAUUCAUAUGCAUUUAAAGGUUUUGUGUUGUAAAGGUUUUGAUGAUACUUUUGGAUUUCAAAAUGCCCUUAAACAACCGUCAAUAGACUCUCAACAAUGAAAACAAAAAAAUUUCAAGU